AUGAUACCUUUUGCCACACGGAAACUUUUGGCGCCUUCCUUCAGCAUAAAUGGUUUUAGACUUCUCCUUCUCAUCAGAACCCCCGUCAAGAGACAACUUCCCUCUGCUAGAUCCCUCGAAGAUGGACACAAGAGACUGGGAAUUUCGCUGGCUACCGGUAGCGGCAAGACGGUCAUCUUCACCCAGCUGAUUGAAAGGAUUCAGCCAAGGGAACCCGACGCCACGCAGACCCUCAUCCUCGCUCACAGAAGGGAACUUGUCGAGCAAGCGGCAAGGCACUGCACCAAUGCAUACCCUGACAGCACUGUGGAGAUUGAGAUGGGUUCCAUACAUGCUUCUGGCGCCGCAGACAUCACCAUUGCCAGCCUGCAGAGCCUCACGUCCGGGGACCGACUCAACAAGUUUGACCCGAAAAGAUUCAAGCUCGUGCUUGUCGACGAGGCGCAUCACAUUGUAGCGCCAGGUUACAUGCGAGUACUGCGUCACUUUGGACUCGACAGUAAAAAAGUGGACUCGCCGUCUUUGGUGGGCGUUUCUGCCACUUUUUCUCGAUUUGACGGCCUCAAGUUGGGCGCCGCGAUUGACCAGAUUGUCUAUCAUAAGGACUAUGUAGACAUGAUUGGAGACAAAUGGCUCUCGGAUGUCAUGUUCACCACCGUGGAAUCGACGGCGGACUUAUCUAGGGUCAAGAAUGGUGCAAAUGGCGAUUUUCAGCAGGGAGAACUAUCAAGGGUUGUCAAUACCGACCAGAUCAACGAAAUCACCGUACGGAGCUGGCUGGCCAAGGCAUCCGAUCGGAAAUCGACUUUGGUCUUUUGCGUCGACCUUGCGCACGUCGCUGGCCUGACGCAGACAUUCCGCAAACACGGCUACGACGCAAGGUUUGUGACAGGAGACACGCACAAAGUCGAGAGAGCCGAGAUCCUUGAGGAGUUCCGAAAUGGGAAGUUCCCCGUGCUUGUGAACUGCGGAGUCUUCACAGAGGGAACCGAUAUCCCGAACAUCGACUGCGUCAUUCUUGCUCGCCCAACACGAUCUCGGAACCUUCUGGUGCAGAUGAUCGGUAGAGGUAUGAGAUUACACAAGGGAAAGUCCGACUGUCAUGUCAUCGACAUGGUUUCCAGUCUCCAAACCGGCAUCGUGACUACGCCGACGCUUUUCGGUCUAGAUCCGAGCGAGCUUGUCAGCGAAGCGACGACCGCCGAUAUGGAGAAAAUUAAGGAUAGGAAAGAAGCCGAAAAGCUCCGUCAGGACCACGCUUAUUCCGAUACUCCCUUACUUGAAUCAGCUACGCCCACAAGAUCAGUAACCUUCACUGACUACGACUCCGUAUUUGAUUUGAUUGAGGACACAUCCGGCGAGCAGCACAUACGGGCCAUAAGUCAGUACGCGUGGGUCCAGGUCGGUCAAGAUAAGUACGUCCUAUGCGCGCCGAACGGAUCCUACAUUCGACUCUUCAAAGUUGGCGCCCAAACCAAGACCAGUGACGACGAAAGCAAGGAGCAACUCCUGUGGCAAGCCGUUGAAAUACGCUCGCUGCCCCCGGGCGUCGCCAAAUCUCCCUACUCCGCACCCCGCGAGCUCCUUCAAGCCUCAACCUUUGCCGACGCGGUCCAUGGCAGCGAUAACUACGUUUCCAACUCGGAAACCUACCCUCAUACGUUUGUCCAGCGCUGGCAACGCUGGCGCAAGGGCCCGCCGACGCAGGGACAGCUCGACUUCCUCAACAAACUCCGGCUCAAGGAGGAGCCUCUGACGGCCGACGACGUAGAUAAGGGCAAGGCGACGGACAUGAUUACCAAGAUCAAGCACGGGGCCAAGGGCCGGUUUGCGAGUCUCAAGACGGAGAAGCGACGCGUCCAGCGAUCUCACGAUAAAAAGGCGCAGUUGGAGGCGAGAGCGCGGCAGGAAAAGGUCUCUGUCGGGCCUGUUGCCUCUUGA